AUGUCUGCCCUACCGAGGACAAUUGGAUCGCGACUUCUCGCCCCUGCCCUGCGGCCCUCCGCUUCCAGGGCCAUCGCCCCGUCAUUCCGCACGUAUGCGACCAACGAGCCCACUCCCCACGGCCACAAGACGAGCUCCGAAGAUGCGCCCGCUGUCAAGCUCACCAGCGACUCGACCCAGAUCCGCGAGGAAUCUGCCGCCGAGGGAAUAAGGCACAAGCCAGACUACAACGUCGCCAUCGACUACCGGACUUCCAACUUCUCCCCGGUUCCUAAGCGUGUCAUGGAUGGAAGCGAGCCCGGUGAGAGUGUAGCCGCAGCCGUCCUCUCUGGCGCUCCCACCGACCUCCAGGCGCGUACUGUCCGCAUCUACAAGCCAACCAAGACAGCCACACAAUCCGGCGACUGGAACGCCUCACACUGGCUGAUGGACUGGGACGUCCUCUCCAAGGGCCACCGAUGGGAGAACCCGCUUAUGGGCUGGCAGUCGUCUGCCGAUUUCAUGAACGGCCACCGGAUACAGUUCAAGUCCAAAGAGGACGCUAUCAACUUUGCCAACAAGCAAGGCUACGAGUACUUUGUCCAGGAGCCCAACAAACGGAAGACUGCCCCCAAGGCAUACGCCAACCUGUUUACUCACAGCCCCAAGAAGCUCAAGAUCAUUACCACCAAAUAA